AUUUGACACAGCGCGAGCUGUUCAGUGUUGUACAGUGCUGUAAACUGACUGACCGGCACAGUAAUAAGGAGGACCAGUAGUGUUGGUCAGGAUGCCGCAGCUCGGGGCGGUAGUGUCGGUGUCGGUGUCGGUCCUGCUGCUGCUGCUGCUGAUGUGUGAGGAGAAGUGCUUUACACACGCUGAUAAGAGUAUUGAAGAUGUGCGCUGCAAAUGCAUUUGCCCUCCAUACAGAAACAUCAGUGGCCACAUCUAUAACAGGAACGUCACCCAAAAGGACUGUAACUGUCUGCAUAUAGUUGACCCCAUGCCAGUGCCUGGUCAUGAUGUGGAGGCUUAUUGUCUACUCUGUGAGUGCAAGUAUGAGGAGCGAAGCAGCAAUACCAUCAAGGUAACCAUAAUCAUUUACCUGUCUGUGGUUGGUGCUCUUCUACUGUACAUGCUGUUUUUGCUUUUGGUGGAGCCUCUGAUUCGCAGAUGCGAUGCGUACAGACAACCACUGCAGAACGAAGAUGACUCGGAGGAUUUGAGAGCCCCAGGCCGAGGGAAUACUGUGCUGGAACGGGUGGAAGGGGCUCAGCAGCGCUGGAAGAAACAGGUUCAAGAGCAGCGCAAGACUGUGUUUGAUCGCCACAAAUUGCUCAGCUAAACUCAGAGCUACAGUGACAUUUAGAGCAAAGGCAAGCUGAAUCUCCUGAGUUUUAUGAUGUAUUUAUUUAUUCAUUCUGUUAUUUAGGAGACCAAAUAUGGCUUUUGUUAUUAACAAAGCUUUUUUUGCAUAGCAUUCUGUUGGCUGUUUAAAGCUCCAUUUUAAUAAAAAUGCUUAAAAUUCUAUUAAACUAAAAUUAUAAAUAAAUUAUACUUGUAAUCUAACAUGGAUAAUUACUAAGGUGGGCUGCUUAGCUUGGAAGUAUAACUUAUAUCAUAAAAACAGUGAAAAAAGUUUGUUCAUAUUGUCUUGUAAAGUAAUGGACAUAUAGAGAACACUGGCUUUCUCAGCUUUUUUGGUUCCAAGCAAAAUAGUUUAAGCAAGCAAAUGUAAUAAUUAAGCAACAUAGGAUUUAAGUGCAUGUUACAUGCAUAUGCCAUUUGUAUAUUGUUAUGUUUUCAGGAAGACAUUUGUUUUCUUUUUUUAGUUCAUGAGCUUUGUAAGUAAGAUGGGUUCUAGAAUUUGCAACGAUUAUCGUUUCUAAUACUAUGUACUGUAAGUGGUGAUUGAUUUCGCACCAAAUAUUUACUGAUUGCACUAAAUGUUGUCAAUAUUCCAGACUGAUUUGCACUUCUGUAAUUCUUUGUUGAGUAAUAUACAUGAUAUGCUAACUUUGUAUUUUAAAUAAUUUUUUUGUUUAGAUAAUUUAUCUGAUCGAUUUUGCUGGCUAUGCUUUAACAUACUGUAUAUUAUUUUCCUAAGACCUUAUCUUACCUUGCUCUUUUGGAAUGAUUGUCAUUAUUUGGUAGUUUGGACAUGUAAGUUACAAGUUUAUUUGUUACACCUACAUUGUUAAUAAUUAUUAUAUGUCUGAGGAAUUUGUGGGUAUACAGUAUAGUUUUAUUUCUGUUGGUAUGUACAAUUUCUCAGUCUCCUCUACAUUACUUUGCACUUGAAAUAUCGGCCAUACACUUCAGUUUGUCCCUCUAGGGCAGUCCUUAAAUUAUUUGUAAAACAUUGUUUACCUUUUAGAAACAAUUGCACGAUCUGUGAAAAUUCCUUUUUUCUAAGAGUGUAGCCCCAUCAACCUGUGGUUCUUUUUGCUGUCCUUGAUAUACAGUAUUAGUCCCAGUGCCUUGGCUUGAUGAGGAUGGAUGACUGUAAGUAUGUGCUCCUUGGUAGGCACCCAGUAAUGGGCCCAGAUGUACCCAAUAAACAUGCAACAAAUAUGUCAUUCACCUGUUUCAGGAAAUAUCCACUUGUUACUUUCCCUUUAAAUUCAAUAAACACAAU